AUGUCUGGAGACGGAGUGUCUCCUCUGGAGGUUACACUAGAGAGUGUCCGGGCCACUGCCUCCAACUACAACAUCCCCCCAGAUGUGAAGUACGCGUACGGAACAGCUGGAUUCCGGUGUAAAGCGGAUAUAUUACCUCCUGCUGCUUAUAGAAUGGGAUUACUCGCUGCCCUCAGAGCUAAAUCAGUGAAGGCAACUAUCGGAGUGAUGGUGACAGCCUCCCACAACCCACCAGAAGAUAAUGGUCUGAAAGUGGUGGAACCCCAGGGUGAAAUGCUGCUGCCUAGGUGGGAGCAUUACUCUACUCAGCUGUCAAACACUGACUCUGCUUCUCUUGUUGAGGUGCUGCAGGACUUUUCUGAUGAGGCGGAAGUGACCCUGACGAGCUCACGUGGGAGACUGGUAGUAGGACGGGACACUCGGGAAAGUGGACCUGAUAUUGUGGCUGCUGUUACUGCUGGCGCUGAAAAUUUACAAUGUAAGGUACAUAACAUCGGAGUGUGCACCACACCCCAGCUACAUUGGAUUGUCAAGCAAACCAACAUCUCCAAACCUAACACUCUCCAGGACUACUACCGGACUUUUGCUGACAGCUUUAUACAUUUGUAUGGAAAGGAUGAUGUGAAACACUCAAUUAAGGUAGACUGCGCUAACGGGGUGGGAGCUAUUGCCCUGCGGACCAUAGCACCUUUACUAUCCGAUCAUAUCGACAUCACUAUCUGUAAUGAUGGUUCUACUGGGAGACUCAACGAAAACUGUGGAGCUGACUUUGUUAAGAACUCAGAAAUCUCAGAACUCAGAAAUCUCAGAACUCAGAAAUCUCAGAUCUCAGACUAA